CCGUCGUCUUGCUCGUUGCUCAUCAUCCCUCUCACUCUUGCGGCAAUUAAACCCGCAAUGUUCUACCUUAGCCGAAUUGAGCACUCUUUGCGUCUGCCUCCUUCUCUGCUUAGCCAUCGUCUAAAAGAUGCUGUCAAGGGAGAGCUUGAAAAUCUUUUCUUAGAUAAGGUGAUCUCGAAUUUGGGACUUUGCAUUUCUGUCUAUGAUAUCGAAUCCAUUAAGGAUCACUUCAUCUUACCAAACGAUGGGCACCCAACGCUAACGGUGGUGUUCACAAUGAUUAUGUUUCGUCCAUUUGAGGGAGAGAUAAUUACUGCAAAAGUCAUAGAGUCUACUGCCGAUGGUUUACGUUUGUCACUGGGAUUUUUUGAUGAUAUUUACAUACCAAAUCAUCGUUUUCCUAUUCCGUGCCACAAGAAGGGCGACUCAAAAAAGAAUGUUGUCUUAUGGUACUGGAAGCCUUUUGACGAUGAGCUUCCAAUUUAUUUGAAGGACCAGAUACGGUUCCAGGUUGAAAGUGUGAACUAUCCUAAAAUUCCAAUUGAGCAGCCAGAAAACUCAAAACCAUUUGCCCCAAUGGAGGUUAAAGGGUCAAUUGAUUUUGAUGGUUUAGGUCCUGUUCAGUGGUGGCAAGAUGUCGAUGAAGAAGCUUAGGCUCACAUUCUCUUUAGCAAAGGCGAGCUACUUGAAUCUCAGUUUCUUGUAAUUGUGCUUGAAGGCAAGUAGACAAAAUUGAUAGAGUAUGUUAAUUGUUAAAUGUGGAUGGAAGUUAAAAUCAUUAAGGUUCUAAUUCGAGGGGAGACUUAUUUUUGGUUACAAGCUUUGCAUUGUCUCACUUAGACACAAAAGUUUACCAACUUUAGGCUACUGUGACAGCUUCUGGACACUAGCUAGUUGAAGCAUUGAGUUUCUAAUAUCCUUAAUUUCAAUUGAGAAAAUGUAAAUCAACACAUUACCUUGUCAAUGGAUCUGUAACGUAACUAACAGUUCAGGCAAACAAAAGAAACAUGUUUCUGU